CCAGCAGUUGCCGUUCCUUCCAAGUGGUUCUUCCAAGCCCGUUCUCCAUCGCGAACAACCGCAGCAGUGUAGCGCAGAAGAAGCCGUAGUCAGAACUCGCUCGGAGAACAAACUCAUUUCGGAGCGGUCUUGCGAAUUCGCGCAAUUAUUUGAAUAUUUGAAUAUUUAAAUACAAAUAGUUUCAAAUAGAAUUUUAAAAAAUAGUGCCAGGUAGUUGUAGAGCAGGCGGUAGUUGCGACCUGGACCUAAAAAUAUAAAAAAACUACUCAAAGUUCUUGCAAGCUGAUGUUAAAAGUCGAUCGCUCGCGUUCGCCAGUUGGAAGUUGGCUUCCUAUGAUAAUAUAUCCAGUGGCUAGUGUGUUAACUUAAGCUUUAACUACGGCAGUGUGUGGUGUGUGUUUAGCUCGAAAAGAGUGAGUGAGUGAGUGAGUAAGUGAGUGAGUGAGCCAAGGUAUCUUGUAGUAUCUCGCAUCAUCAGUAUCUCUCAGUUGGUUUUACUGAGCGUGUCGCGCGCGCGUUCCUCCAACUCGCUCGCUCGCUCAACUCGAACUCGACGUUAACACACAACACUCUAACCCACUCGAGGACGCUUUAUUUAUCUGUACACUACCGGCUCUCGCACCCACACAACCUCUUGGUUCCUUGGUCUCGAGUCGUGGUCAUCGCGAUUGUCGUCGGUUAGUCUUAACGGUUUUUUAUAAAUAUUUUUUCGAGUUUUAUUUCUGUGAUAAUUUCUUGAUAAAACCCGAUAAAUAAUGGCCGAACUAGUGGAAAAUAAAACUACAAGCUUAGUAAGUAAAAAACAAAACGAUCUUGUGUGCGGUGCCAAUUCUAACAUUGCUUUGAUAAAUUUUGAUCAAAUAACUUCAAGUAAUCAACUACUACUUAGUGAAAAUAAUAAUGAUAAUGAUAAAGAAAAAGGGAUAAAUGGUUGUAUAAUUGUAAAUAAUGUAGAUGAAAGUAGUAUUAAAAAUAUAAUUGACAAUGAACUCGCAUUGAUGUGCCUAAAAAAUGAACUUGAACAAGAGAAUAAGAAAAUGUUGAUUGAUGACGGCGAGAAACAAGUGACGAAUCACCAUCAUCAAUUGGAGCUUUCUACUCAGCUAUGCCAAGAUUUACUGGGCAUCAACAACACUGAAGUCAUCAUACCAACAGAUAUUGAACAUUCCAACGACACGAGCCAAAAUAUUGUUUCUACAUGUGAAGAUAAUUCUGGUGAAACAAAUUCUCAACAGAAUAAUAUUAAACUUGUUGAUUUGAGUUAUCAAGAUUGCAAUCGUGCCACUGCUGCUGCGUGUGAUGCUAGAGAUGAUGAUCAUGAUGAUGAUGAUGAUGAUGAUAGGACGAAUUUAGAAGCGAGUGGCCUAAAUACUUUAAUUGAUUUUCAAGAGGAUGCCGGGAAGAAAACUGAUGAGAAAACUCGAAUUUUGGCAGUCGAGACUAAAAAUGCGGAAGAAUCUCUUGUAGGGGACUCACUUAAUAAUUUUAUAAUUAAUUGGGAUGAAAAAAAUAGCACUGAGAGUUCAGAGGAGGUGAUAACUACUAGCACAAUAACCUCGACCACGACAAAAAGUUCAGCUAAAAUAAAAAAGAAAAAGAUCGAGGGUGUCAUUGGUAAUAGCGAUGUUACAUCCCAGUCUCCACCUCAGUCAUCAAUCAAUACGUCGCGCACUAAAAAAGUUAAAAAAAGUAAAAAAAAGAGUGACCUCGAAAAGGAAAACAUUUCAGUGAAUAUUAAUACUGGAGACCCGAGCAUGCACAACAAUAAUAGCCAUCAUAAUUACCACAAUUCCGUAUCUUCCGCGGAGGAGUGUAUUUUAGACCAGGAUGAUUUUUCAAACGUUAACGUCAAAACUCUCACACAAUGUUACACAUUGGAAAGUACUAAGUGCAAAGAGCUGACGAAAUUCAAUAAGGAAACAAUCGAGACCGGAGUAUCCAUUAAACAGUUGAAGUCGAGUUUCAACAAGUUUGAUGCCCUUACUAAAAAAUCAGUCCUCCACACCCGCUCCUCCAUUGAUACGGUAAAAAAAAUAGCGGGACAAAAUGGUGGGUGUGAUGCGAACCCGAAUUGCCGCAGCUGUGGCAAGGUUGUGUUUCAAAUGGAGCAGACAAAGGCCGAGGGUUUAAUAUGGCAUAAAAAUUGCUUCCGAUGCAUUCAAUGCAGUAAGCAACUUAAUGUCGACAAUUACGAAAGCCACGAGUGUACGCUCUACUGCAAACCACAUUUUAAGGAGUUAUUUCAACCGAAACCUGUCGACGACUCGAAUCGCUCUCCAUGUCCGCAAAAACCGGAGAUGAUUAUUAGAGAGAAUCAUCCUAAAGAAUUGCCACCUGACGUUGUUAGAGCUUCUGAUAAACCGGAUCUUGGACUAGAAGAACUGUCGUCACUGAACGUAAAAUCACGCUUUCAAGUGUUCGAGAAAUCAUCAACAAACGAGCAAAUGAAUGACAUUGAAAAAUCAGCGUCACUAAUUUCGGUUAAAAGAUCACCGAGUAUUUUAAGUAAACUUGCUAAAUUCCAGGCCAAAGGUAUGGACAUUGGAGUCGCAGAUGAAUCAUUGAACGGGAUUCCGUAUGAAGAAUCAAGUGAAAGCGAAGAAGAAGAAGACAAUGAGGAAGACGAAGAAGGUGAUGCAGACAUAGUUAAAUCUAAAAAAUCAAUACGCGAACGUCCGAUAAGUUUUACUAAAAUGGAUGACAUGAAAAAUCGAUGGGAAGUGACGAGUCAACAAGGCAGACGUGAAUCACAGCGUGAAGCACGCAAAGAAGAAAUUGCCGGCAUACGGUCAAGACUCUUUAUGGGCAAGCAGGGAAAAAUGAAGGAAUUGUACCAACAAGCAGUAGCUACUAGCGAACGUGUCACAAAAAUAAAUCCAGCUGAUGAGAUUCAGUGCACUACAGCUCACGCACGUUCAAUAAAAGAAAAAUUUGAACGUGGCGAGCCAAUAACUUGUUCAAAUGAAGAUGAAGCUGAUAGUAACAGCACUAGCAAUAAAAUAAAACAGGAAAAACCAGACGAAGAUGUUAUUGCAGCUGGUAUAAGUAGAAAAUCUCGAAGUUUAUUUUUGGAAUUGGAUGCAUCUGCGGCCAAAAGCGGAAGACCAAUGACACCCGCAGCCGCUGUAGCCAAUUCAAAGUCUCUCACUGAUACAUCAAGACGCGCUAGAGAUGUACGAGCAGAUGACGUCGUACGUAGUACAGAUACAACAGAAGAAAUUCACGUCGAGACAUCAGACAUCUCAAAUAAAUUUAAAUUUUUUGAGACGUAUAAAGAACCGGAGAAAGAAAGAAAGCAGUUCAGAAUAACACCACCUCGCGAUGGACAAGUUAAGGUGAAUUCACCGGAACGUGAAAUUUACCGCGAUCCGGAUGUAAUACGAGCGGAGGACAAAGUAGACCAGGUAGUUCAUACGGACACGACAAAAAAAAUGCUUUCCAUAUUCAGACAGAUGGAAGAGAAGGCCACGAAAGAAGAUGUACCUGAUGGACCAAAGCCGUUGAAACGUUUUACUCCACCACCGGAAGACAAGUAUGCUAAACUUACAGCCUCUGAUACUGACGAAGAGGAGGACGGCGAGGAAGAGGAGGACGAUGGGAAUGAUGAUAUCACUGAGGAGGAAAGAAGAAAUCCUAAUUAUGUUAGAGCUUCUGAUAAGAUGGAAGAUGAAUUUUUAAAAAAUGCACAAAAUGCUGCAAAUGCUAAAACACUUCGCGCCAAGUUUGAACAAUGGGAAGUAAAUGACAAAAAAAUAAAUAAUCACAAUACUAUUGUUGAUGAAAUGGAAUUAAUAAAAGCGACAAAUGGCGACGGUGAACAAGCCAGUAUAGAAUCAACCAGAAGUCUUAAAGCGAGAUUUGAGUCUCUCGGUACACCCCAAGUUACCGAGUCUCCACGUGCGCCUAAAGUCAAGGUCAACAGAUUCGUGGGAAUACCGACGACAAUUGACGUUGAUGUUUGUGAGAGUUGUCAGAAAAAAGUUUACCCGUUGGAAAAAAUAGAAACAAACAACAAAAUGUUUCACAAACAAUGUUUUAGAUGUCUGCAGUGCAAUUGCAUUCUGAGAAUGGAUUCAUUUACUCUCAACAAUGGGAAGCUUUACUGCAUCCCGCACUUCAAACAACUGUUCAUCGUCCGCGGGAAUUACGAAGAAGGUUUUGGUAUAGAUCAGCAUAAAAAUAAAUGGAUUAGUAACGGGACGUUAGAUAUAUCAUCUCAAAACCCAACGUCCUCUCCAAUGAUAAUAGAUUCCUAGUUUAAGAACUAGCACUAGCACUAGCAUUUAUAUACUUAAAUAAAUUAUCAUAAAUCAAUCAAUUAAUUAAUUACUUAAUAAAUUAAUUAAACGAAUAAAUUUAUAGCAUAAUACUGGAGCCGCAAUUUCAAUACUACUCCAAAAA